UCCAGAAGGGGCGGUGACCUGGGGAUGAGAGCUGAAGGAGUAUGCUUGUGUUCAUGUACUGUUGCAUGCGUCUCUGAAAGUUGACAGAUACUAGGGCUUUACUCCAUGAUCUGCUCGUUAUGUUAAGCAUAACGAUGAAUAGAUCUACGAUCCUUGACUGAAAAUUUUGGUAAAAACCAAUAGGAUAUGUUUUGCCUUUAAUUGGGCGGUCCGUUCAGUAGAACCGGAUCUUGCAUCCAUGCUCUCGAGACAACGCAUGCAGGAAGUGCCCGUGAAGCGCACCAGUUUCAAAAAACUAAUUCGGCGUCUGUAUCAGUCAUUUAAUUUAUGUGACACUAACGAACAGCAGUGGCGUAAACCAAGGUGUGUUGGGCUGGUCACCUCUUGGCAAGAUGUCCAUCGUAACAGUACAGCUCGGACAGUGCGGUAACCAAGUGGGCCAGGAGCUGUUUGAUGUGAUCUGUAAGGACGCCCGCGACGGACAGAAGAGGGGUUACAGCGACACCAGCACUGCGCGCUUCUUCCACGAGACGACCACCGGCGACUUAACCUCAAGGGCUGUGCUCAUUGACAUGGAGCCUAAAGUGAUCAACCACAGUAUGAGCAAGGCAGCCAAGUCGGGCAGGUGGAGAUAUGGGGAAAAAUCCCAUUUUAGCCAGAAACAGGGUUCUGGCAACAACUGGGCAAACGGUUACUGUGUCCACGGUCCACGGCACAGAGAGGCUAUGGAAGACCUGGUGAGGCGGGAGGUGGAGCGCUGUGAUAGGUUGGCCGGAGUUGUGACUAUGAUGAGCGUGGCGGGAGGCACGGGGUCCGGGGUCGGCACAUAUGUCACGCAGUGUCUCCGAGAAGUCUACCCCAACUCCUUCAUCCUCAACCAUCUCACCUGGCCUUAUGACAGCGGGGAGGUCAUCGUGCAAAACUACAACUCGGUGCUGACGCUGUCUCACCUCUACGGGCUGUCGGACGCCAUCCUGGUGCACGAGAACGACACCGUGCACCGCAUCUGCGCUCAGCUGCUCAACAUCAAGCACAUAUCCUUCGGGGACGUCAACAGGGUCAUCGCCCACCAGCUGGCCAGUGUGCUGCAGCCCGCCCUGACCACUGACUCGUACGGCGACUACAGCAGAAACCCCCUGGGUGAGCUGGUGAGCAGUCUGGCUUGCCACCCGGAGUACAAGCUCCUGAGUGUGUGCGGCAUCCCGCAGGUGGCCAGCUCCUCCAUGGCCUACAGUGUGUUCAGCUGGCCAGGCCUCCUCAAGCACCUCCGGCAGAUGCUCAUCUCUAACACCAAGAUGGAGGAAGGCAUAGACUGGCAGGUGCGGGCCCCUCCGGUCCACUGUGGUGGUGCCGAGUGGGCUCACAGCUUUAGAACGACUGGUUUCAACAGGUCUCUGGCCAAUCUGCUCAUAUUGAGGGGGAAAGAUGUCUUCAGUGCAGAAGCUGAUGGAUUUCAGGAUGCAGCGCUCUACACCUCAUGGCUUCCACCCAGAGAGGCUUUCAGUAUGUGGAAAUCCCCCGUUUCCUUCAAUCAGUACGAGAAGUCUGCUACGCUAGUCAGCAACAGCCAAACUCUGCUGAAACCUCUUGAUAACAUGGUGCGAAAGGCCUGGAACAUGUUUGCUUCAAGGGCAUACAUCCAUCAAUACACCAAGUUUGGGAUUGCAGAGGAAGACUUUCUAGACAGCUUUACAUCUCUAGAGCAAGUAAUAUCUAGUUACACGCAACUGUGCUAGCCUUGGACUCUCGAAGCCAGUUACCGGGCUGUCUCUGGUAAUAGUUGUCUCCUUUGACAGUUGCGUGCAUCCAAAACUAAGAACUGUGAACUUAGUAACAGAUUGUAUUUAGGAAUGACAUUUUUCAUGAAUUGUUUUUAUUUAAUUCUGAUGGAUUGACAAGUAAACAUUUAAUGUUACUCAAGAGUGCUGUAUUUUAACAGCCCUUUCAAAAUGCUGGUUGUUAUCAACAUCCAAUAAAUCAAACAUAACUUUUCUGUACUACUUCAAUAAGGUACAAUAUCAAGCCAAUUCCUAAAGUGGACUUGUAAAGGCCCAUCCAAAACAAAUGGAUCAAUCUAGAGUCAAAUCAACACAGCAUCUGUGGACAAAGCCGUUGGCCCAGAACUUCAGCCAGCUUACAGACCGUUGUUGCCGUGACAAUAGAGCAGCCAACACCAGUCUGAUAAGCUAGCUGACGGGACGGGAGAGAGCAAGGCGCCACUGGGAAAGUGGAGGAGUCAUGUCCGUACAGGACAGACAUUGGUGAUUUAGUCAACAAAGUAAAAGUACAGAAAUAUAGUUGGGUUGCCUUUUGAAGGCAAAAGGUCAAAGCAUAUUUACUACUCAACACUAGAUGUGGCAGUUAACGCAUUAUUAUUAAUGGUAGUUUAAUAUUGUAAGACUGCUUGCAUACUAAUCCAAGGUAGUGAAUUUGUACCUACCUUUCAGGUGCCUUCAUCUGAGGAUUUUACACAAGUUAAAUUAUGUCAAUCUUAACCAGCAAGCAGCUUACAAGGGGAAAUACGUACCAGUUGACUUACCGUCUAUUGACGUCCAUCAGGGAUAAAAAAAAUACAAUAAAAAUCUAUUACAAAAAAACUCAGACAUGGAAACCAGGGCAAUGAUUAAGACAUUUUAUAUAUGCUUUGAUCAAGGUUCAAUCUAAAUGUACAGAACAAAUGGAACAAGUAAGCCAAGAGAACAAUGUUACUUUACAAAUGAUAUCACCUAUUCCUUGUUAUGUUUUGAAUUCCGUUAUAUCCAGAAAGACCAUGAGAAUAGAAAUCCAUGUGCACGUACCCCCCCAAAAAGAUAUUAAGUUAUUUACAGGAUGUGCAAGCCAUCAAUACUACAUAGUUCUGACUCGAUAUUGCUUCGUUUUUUUUUACCAUUUCUAAAUAUAUACGACAGAUCCCUUAAACAAAACAAAUGGUUUGUCAUGUUAGAGGACAACAUAAGGUUAAAAUGAAACCUUGAACAAAUGAAAAAAAUAUAAUAAACGCUUAACCUUAUUCAAAUCAGCACAUUGUAUCCACGGAUCAAGCUUCAAAAGACUGUCCAUACCUUGCACACGGGCUCAAAAAACAAAUUAAAUACAAAUCAAGUAAGUAAGUAUCAAUUAAGAACUGUGUUCAAUGCAUGUGGGACCCUCCCAUCUUUGCAUAAGGCAUAGCAGCGGAGCAGCCUGGUCGGCUGCUCCGUCUGCCGCUUCACAUCUGAGGUCUAUGAAAGGGUUAGUCUGUUGCUAGAGACGGACAUCUUCGUAUCAGCAGGAGUGGGACCAAUCACACAGAACACAAUUUAAGAGGUGAGUGGCUGGCCAAGGGAGAGAGAGUUAUUGUAUUUGGAGGUGGAGCGCGGGAACCCUACGAAGGUCGAGGACGGACAAACAAGAACUAACAGCGCACACAUACACACACACGCACACACACACAUCCUUCAAAAGAACGCGGACAACAAUAGUGCCUGGUGUGGAGCCUCUCUUUGAGCAUGGGACUAGGGUGAGGUUUGUUGUUUAGUUGUCGAGAGACCCCCUGGAGGGGAGGCGGGUGGGCAGUGGGACUGGUUGCCGGGGCAACACGUGUCCAAUGGGCUUUGUCCUUCCAGUCGUGGGUUCGGACGCCCAUCAUCACUUGGUCUUCUCCUCCGAGUGUCUCCGCUGCUGCAGCCGCUUGCCGUAGCUCUGCGCCAUGGAGUUCACGAUGGAGCACACAAAGUACACCACCAUCACCAGCACCACCUUCUCAAACACCCACGACAGCCAGUUCUCACCCUGCACAACCAAGAGGAGUGGUGGACAGCAAGGUUAAAACAUUACACGUGGACGAUGCCGUAAUAUUGCUUCUGCCUAAAAAAUACCCAUUACCUCCCAGUGUGUGCGGCAGCAACACAAUACGACUCAUGUGUGAUCGAUGUGUGGGUUUUUAGAGACUAUGAUGACUGUGAUACAUGGUUGCAGUGUUUCCCUUUCAGGGACCUGACCAACGUUUUAAUUUGUCCUACCAGUUUGAAAAGCCAAGCCAUAAUAGAAACAAGCCAUGUUUAUACUUGUUUAUGAAACAUUCAGCAAACAACGACUGGAAAUGGGGUUUACCCCCCGCAACCGUUUCGGUCAACACUGGAGCUGUAUUAUUACAUUCACUUAUCAAAGGGUCU